AUGGAGCGAACAUCAAUCAAUAUGCCGCCUCUGCUUAAAGGUGAAGGAUUUGAUGAUUGGAAAGGCAUGAUGCAAGCAUUCAUUUCCGCGCAAGACUCUAAGGCAUGGCAGUGUAUACUACAUGGAUGGACACCUCCCAAAGAUGAAGAAGCAUCUGAAGGAUCUGAAGAAGCAAAGGAAAAGAAAUUUGACAGAUGGACUGCUUCGGAACUUUCUUACAGUGAAGCUGAAAAUAAAGCAAAAAAUGCAUUAUUUAUUGUUUUAUCAGAAGAUGAUCGAGCACUGAUCAAGCAUUGUGCAAACUCAAAAGAAAUCUGGGACACUCUUGGACUCACCUAUGAAGGUAAUAAAAAGGUUAAACUUCAUAAGUUACAAUUAUUGUUACAUGAGUUUGAAAACUUACAGAUGAAGGAGGAUGAAACUAUUGAUCAAUUCUACAAGAGAGUGAUUUCAAUUACUAGCAGCAUAAGGAGCAUAAAUGAAAAAAAGGCAAUCUCUCAAGAUGAUAUUGUGAUGAAGAUCUUGAGAUCUUUACCGAAAAAAAUUGCAAUGAAAAAAGCAGCCAUUUCAGAAUCAAGAGAUCUCGAGACCUAUUCCUUGAAUGAGCUUAUUGGAAGUCUGAAAACUUAUGAAGCUGAGAUAAAUGAGGAUGACAAAAUAGAUCAAAGGAAGUCAAAAAAUCUAGCACUGAAAGCAACUAAGAAGAAAGAGAUAAGUGAUGAACUUUCCGAGUUAGGGUUAUUAACCAAAGAAUUUAAGAAAAUCGUAAAAUACAAAAAUAAUAAUCCUAGUACUUCCAAAGGAAAUUAUGAGAAUAAAAAGAACAGGUUUUCUGAAACUAGAAAAGACUUAAGAGAAAGUAGGACUAAUUUCAGGAGAAAUCCUAAUUUUAAACCUAAAUGUUAUGAAUGUGGUGGUCUAGGUCACAUUUCAGUUGACUGUGGUAACAUGAAAAACAGUGGUGAAAAUAAGAGGGCUUUAACUGCUUCAUGGAGUGAUGUUGAAAGUGAAGAUGAGGAGUAUUCCCCUAAGUCCAUAAAGAAGAAUCUGGCUCUUGUAGCCUCCCUGAGUUUUGAUCAGUCUGAGUCAGAUUCUGACUCUGAAUCAGAAGUUCUUGGCAAUUUUGAGGUAAACAGUGAUGAUGAUUAUUCUGACAUAAAUGAAAGAUAUACAAAACUAUGUGACAUUGUAGAAACAGUGCAUACCAGAAACAUUGAUCUUGAACUACAAGUAUCUUCCCUUCAAAGAACAGUAGAUGAACAGGAACUAGCGAGUCAUGAACAACAAAGUUAG